AUGACGUCGGCCGAUUCGGGUUCGAACGAAUCCGUCGGUGCGGGUUUCGACACCUCGAUUUUUCACAAGGCGACAAUCAGCUAUGAGUACUUGCACACAAACAGUACAACUCACGAAUUCGUCUACGGUGCUAUAGCUGAACUUGUGGACAACUCUCGAGAUGCUAUGGCAAACAAUUUACAUAUCGACUACACUCCAAAUGAAGAAUACGGUGGUAUGUUAUCUAUACUCGAUGACGGAUGCGGUAUGGAUAGAAAAGAGGCUAUUUCUGUGGUAUCGUUUGGUCAUUCCCUCAAAAGGAUGGAGCCGGGUAUGAUUGGACAAUACGGAAAUGGAUUAAAAUCCGGUGCGAUGCGUAUUGCCAAAGAUUUCAUUAUGUUUACGAAGAAAGAUGGGUUGCUGACGUGUUUGUUGUUAUCAAGAACGUUUCAUGAAAUGUACUCAUUGAAGGAGGUUUUCGUACCAGUCGCGUCAUUCACAUUGGAAGGCGGUACACGUGCUAUGUACUGUGAUUCACAAACCCAGGCGAAGAUGCACUCUCAAUCGAUGGAUGUGAUCUACAAUUACACGCCUUUUGAUUCUCAGGACGCACUUUUUGAACAGUUUGAACGUAUUAGUGGCCAAUCAGGUACCCUAAUCGUGCUGUUCAACAUGAGACGUAUCGAAACUGGUGAUUUCGAACUAAACUUUGAUACGCCAUAUGAUGUACGACUGUCGAAUUUUGAGGAGCAAAGGGAGGAGGAGCGCAACUCCUUGAGAGCGUACUUGUCUGUACUUUAUCUCAACCCGCGUAUGAAGGUCUAUCUUCGUGGCAAGAAAGUGUUAACAAAGAGGAUCUUGAGUACUUUAUUAUACCCGUAUAGAUACAAUUAUACAGCGAAAAAUCUGAAAGCAUGUGCUACAAAGGAAUUCGAGAGAUGCGAACAAAAAGUGAAAGAGGUGAAAGAAAUGCUUCGGUUGUCGUCGUCAGCUCUUGGCGAAUUUGAAGCAAAGCACCGUGGUCAGAAUAUCCACGCUAAUAAGACCCUUCGAAUAGAGCAGCGGCUGCUUGCAAAGGCUCGAGCCGAUAUGGAAGCGAAGAAAGAACAAGCUGAGAAGCGUGCAUCAUUGGCGCUGAAGGCUAAAAAUAACCCUAUUCCAUUGACGUUCUACUUUGGGCUCAACAUCCAUCAUAGGAACCGAUACGGUUGCAUGUUAUAUAACAACGGCAGAUUGAUUGAAAUGUAUGUGAAAGCAGCAGUACAAAAGGAAAAGAAUGAUUUGAUGAUGAAAUGUCUUGGUGUUGUUGGAGUGGUAGACGUGCCGUACUCCAUUUUGGAACCAACACACAAUAAGCAGAGUUUCGAAAAUAAAAGAGAAUAUCUAUCUCUGCUUCGCGCUAUGAAUGAUCACAUGGAACAAUAUUGGAAGGACAUCAAUUUGGCCGGCAGUGAUGGUCCAAGCGGCAUCAAAUCAUUUUGGAAGAACUUUGGUUACGAAAACUCGGACUGGAGUUCGGAAUGCACAAAUCUGGCAGAGCAUCGCAAGAAACGGUUCCUGAGGAUUGGUCACACUAUACAGUGCGAUAAAUGCCUGAAGUGGCGUCAUGUUGAGUAUCAUGCUCCGUAUGAAAUCAAUGGAAUCCCUGAAAAAUGGUGCUGUGACGAUCAUCCCAACAGUAUGUUUCGAGGAUGUUCAAAGCCUGAAGAGGUGCAGAAGCUGAAAGAGGGCAAGCUAGUGCGACAAAAGUCACCAGAUCCACCAGCGAAGAGUUUGGGAAGCACAGCGGGUCGAGGCACGGAUCGCAGACCAGACCUUUCCAAUCGCGGCCCUUCAAUAGCUACCACGAACGGUAGUGGAUCGGCUCGACGCCCAGUUGCUUCACUAUCUACUCCAGCAACAUCGCAGAAGAACAGGGAGGUUCCACGCCGGGCGCCAUCCCCUCCUAUUUCAUCGAAGCCGCUGAAGCGCUCAUCUCGUGUCGCUCAACGUAGAGAGGAACUAACGAGUGAAUCCGAGUCGAGCCCAGAAAGGCCGCCGCGAAAGGUGGCUAGCAAAGCACCUGCCCCUCCAAAUAAGUCGUCAGAACGUGUCAGUGCCGUCGGACGGCCGCCAACGAAACGUGCAGCAGCUGCCAUUAGCACUUCCAAAAACCGUCGUGUAAUGUCAAGUGAAGAAAGUGAUGAGGAAGAACCGGUCACGGUGCCCGACUUGCCGAAGAAACCGAAAACGAAAGCCGACUUAAGGCGGCAGUAUGAGGAGAAUGAGAAACUAAAUGAGAAAAAGACUGUUGCAACGGAAGUGAAAAGUUCCAACACACCACCGGCUAAAGAAGUGAAAACUGCACCUUCACCUGCUGUACAGCCAGCUACUCCCUCCGCACCGAAACCAUCCACUUCUGUCACGAAACCGAGCACGUCUGUGUCAACGCCAUCGGUAGCACCGAUUUCGAAUGGGACCAUUGGAAAGGGCACCAUCGACAAGGAGACGUUUGAACGAGAAAAGGAGCGGGCCGACAGAGCUGUUGGACAGACACGCAAAUUGCUGAAUUUCUUCGUGAAACAGGUCAGUUUGCGUCAGGGGUAG